CUGGCGGCCAACAUCAUCUCUUUUAACGGAUUUACAUCAACAAUUGCGUCAACCUUUCGUACAUGAGGGUCUAACCAUGAAUCCAUCAAGCUCAGCAGUGCAAAAUGAACGACAGCCGCGAAACACAGCCACUAUACGUCCUGAGACGCUGCGGGAGAUGGAACACGGGCGAGCUUUGCGGGAAGCGGCCGUAGCCGUUGGAGUAUUUGGACCACCAGUUCUAUUAUCUCCUCCAUGCUAUGGUCCUGGCCUACUACCACCUCCCUCUUUAUCGAAUCUUCCGACAAAUCGGCGAUUACAUCACAAUCACAUUUCAAAGGCCUUACAGCUUUCGUCAAAUGUAUCACAGGCAGGCGGUUUCUCUGUAUUUAACAACAAUCUACAAUUUUCCAAAGAUAAUUCUUAUACGACCUCAAUGGAUCUUUCCAAUGGAACAGUCUCUGUGUCUACAAACUCAAGUAGUACAAAUUCAAUAGAUCCGAGUUCCCCCAUAUCUGAUACAGUUUUAGAUAAAAAUCCUGUAGGAGGAAGUGUUUCGUCCAUAAGUUCGACCAGUUCUGUUCAUGAUAAUGAUAAUGAUGAUGACUCCAUCGAUGUUACCAAUGAUGAAGAGCCUCUGCGAAACGAGAAGCUAGAUUGUCAUUUCACGAUACCGACAUUUGUACCACAAAACUUGUACGUUCAGCCACAUGAGACAGUUUAUGAAACCAGUGCUCGCCUCCUCUUUAUGGCCGUAAAGUGGGCAAAAAAUUUACCAAGUUUUGCGAGUCUGUCCUUUCGAGAUCAGGUCAUUCUCUUAGAAGAAUCAUGGUCGGAUCUUUUUCUACUCAACGCCAUUCAAUGGUGCAUUCCUUUAGACCCUACUGGAUGCACUUUAUUCUCAGUUUCAGAACACUGCAAUAAUUAUGACACCACACAAGAAAGUGAGAAUUGCGUUACUAAAGAAGAAGUAGCCGCCAGUGUACGGACGUUGCAUGAAAUUUUUUACAAAUACAAGGCAGUUCUAGUUGAUCCCGCUGAAUUUGCAUGCAUGAAAGCAAUAGUUUUAUUUCGGCCCGAAACCCGGGGGCUCAAAGACCCCGCGCAAAUAGAAAACCUGCAAGACCAAGCCCAUGUCAUGCUAUCUCAACACACAAAAUCACAGUUUCUUACGCAGAUCGCACGAUUUGGACGUCUACUCCUGAUGCUGCCUCUUUUACGAUCUGUGAAUUCUCAUAAAAUCGAACUAAUAUAUUUUCAACGUACAAUUGGAAAUACGCCAAUGGAAAAAGUGCUCUGCGAUAUGUAUAAGAACUGAAAUGAUGAUGGCUUUUUAAAAAUAUUUGUAUACAUAAAUAUGUACAUACAUAUACGAAUAUUUCUUACAGCAAGGAGAUAUGUGUUCCUAUACCAAGAAUAAAAAAAUUAUACAAUAGAAGAGCGUUUGUUUUGUAUAUAAUUAUUACCGCUGCUCACUUUUAUCUUAAAAUAAAAACGGGCCAAACUUUAAGCGGAAACCUGAAAAACCUGAAACCUGAAUUGAAAAUAAAUGUACAUUUUAUAAGAAAUCAAAAUCAGCAAUAGAAACCAUAGCAAUCUCGUACUUCAAAUUCUGUUUUGGCCAAUGGUGUGUAAAAAUGUGUCUUAUUGUUAUUUUUAGGUUAAUUUUAAAUCAAUCCGUUAUAUCACGUUAUCCCAUUAGAUUAAAGUAUCCGUCAAAAACGUUUUAAAAGAUUAAGUAUUAAAAGCACUGAGUACUUACACAUACUAUUACAGUUUGAAAAUAUUUCAAAUGCUCCAGUUUAAAUGGUAAAUGCAGCAAUCGAAAUAAUAUUUAACACAAAGAGAGUAUCCGAUAUAUGUACAUAUGUAUGUACUUGUACAUUAACAUCUGUGAUUCUAAAAUAAUGGAAACCUCUUCAUACUUUUCUCUAGUUCAUA